UUCCUGGCUGUCUUGAAGAAACUAGGGCGACUCCGAAACUUACGGUCUGUCAAGCUGAAAAGCAGUAGUGAGUGCGUCGGUCCGCAGCAACGACGACACUGGUGGGCUCGUAACGUUCCCGAAAGUAUCAAGUUCAGGGCGGAUGUGCUGCAGAGCCUCUUUGCAGGCCUGAACGCCGAGUACGCUUCGCCGAAGCUUGAUCAACUUUGCAUCGAGAACCUGCAAGGCUGUGGAAAUGAGAUGUUGGUUCGAUCCAAGGACUUUGGGGCUGUUCUCUCUCGAGUCCAGAAGCUGGAACUCCAAAUCACCACCGAAGAUGUCGAUGGCGAUGGCUCUUUGCCUGCUAACCUUGGAAAGAAGGAGCUUCAUUCUUUCUUUGGACAACAGCUUGUGCAAGGCUGGCUUGAACCCGUCCGCGAGCACUUGACGCAUCUCAAGCUGUACUCGAGAGACAUGUACUUUGGAUAUCUUCCCAAGUGUCAUCUUCCCACCUUUCCAGCUUUGAGGUCUCUAAUCCUCGGCGGCUUGAGCUUCAGCCACGAAGAGCAGCUGACCUGGGUACUGACACAUGGAAACACUCUUGAAGAGCUCGUCCUCGACAAUUGCCCUAUUGUCAUCGGUGUUCGCAUACCAUCGACGCUGGACUCGAACAAUUUCCCCAUCGAGCCGCUUUUCAACUCC